GAGAAAAGGGGAAGACAGAAUUGGAAGCAGUGAGAACUGAGAACUCUUAUCAUUCUUUUUUCCACUCGACAUUGCCGACGCCACCAAAUACACAACCUUAACUUUCCCACAACACUACCCAUCCAUCAUUCGUUUUCUCUCUAGAUUUUUUCAGUUAGUUAUUGCUGUCUUCUUUUUGUGUGUGCCAACAACACAGAAAGAGAGAGAAAGACAUGGCUCUGAACCAAUCAAAGGCCGUGUUGUUGAGGGUGAGUUUGGUGGUGGUGGCGCUGUGUAUAGCUGGAUACAUAGUGGGUCCCCCUCUCUACUGGCAUUUCGUUGCAGUGAACAACCACUCUUCAUCUUCUACUUGUGCACCCUGCAUCUGCGAUUGCUCUUCACAACCCAUUCUUUCUAUUCCACAAGGACUUAGCAACACUUCCUUCGGAGAUUGUGCAAAGCCUGACCCAGAAGUGAGUGGAGACACUGAAAAGAAUUUUGCUGAGCUAUUGACAGAAGAACUCAAGCUUCAGGAGAGCCAAGCUGUGGAAAAUCAGCAACGUGCUGACAUGGCAUUGCUUGAGGCAAAAAAGAUUGCAUCUCAGUAUCAGAAGGAAGCAGACAAGUGUAAUUCAGGAAUGGAAACGUGCGAGGAGGCUAGGGAGAAGGCUGAGUUGACAUUAGUCACGCAGAAGAAGCUAACUGCAUUGUGGGAACUUAGAGCACGUCAGAAAGGGUGGAAGGAAGGGCUUGCCAAAUCUCAUGCACACUCUCAAGGGAAAGUACAGAGUUCUUAGAUACGUUACACAGCCACCUCCAUGGAGGUGAGUGGUUGCAUAAUACUACAAUAGUUUUCAAAUGUUGGUAAUAGCAAAAGUGAGUCAUCGAGGCUCAUGUGUUCAUGAAAGGUCAAGUGUAAAAUGCAAAUGUUGUAUUUCUGUCAUUCAUUUUUGGGUCUUUAUUCCAUGUGUAACACGGUUUAAAGCUAGAAAUCACCAAAUGUUGGGUAAAACUUGCAUAAAAAAUAGACUGUCUUUUUUGUAUUAUUUUGGCUUCAGAUUUGAACCAAGGCUCGGACUGUUGCUUCUUCGUUGUGUUUAAUUAAUUUUAGAUUUGAUUGACAAG